UUUUCUCUCGUUUCUUUCCAACUUUUCUAUCUUCUUCUCGGUUCUCUCCUCAUCUACUCUCUUUUCUCUUUAGCUAGCUAAUAAUCCCAUCGUUUCAUUUUAAGUAUAUAUGAAUUAAGUAAUUCUAUUUUACUUUGCAGCUAAACUCUCGUGAAGGAUCGAGCAUGUGUGGCCGAGUGAUGUACAUAUAUACUUAUAUUUGCAAUUGCAUGUAUUUUUGUUUGCUUCUUGCAUGAGUUUGCUGCGUGUCCUUGGCAUUCUGCAGCUCAUUAAUACAUUUUUGUGCUUAUUAAUACAUUAUUAUUAAUUAAUUAGUUCAUUGCUCAAACUUUAGCCAUGUGUCAUUGGAAGCAUGUAAUAUGAUGCAUAUUUACUUGUCUGUUUUUGAAUGCCAUUUAAUUUGCAUGAGUAGUAAAUUUAAGUAGUAAAUUUGCUCCUUGGAGUUAUUCCAAUUUUGCAAACCACGUACCCUUUUCCCUUUGCCUAGUGUUUUAGCUCUUAGCCACAUGUCCUUUACCAAUUCAUUAAUUCAUGAUUUGUUAUUAUUUAACUAAAAAUAUUCCAUAAUGGGUUAGCUACAUAAUUAAAUGCCUAAGUACGUACUAGUCUUCUUUAAUUAGUUUAGUCCAAUCGUCAAAGUCAUACUUGUCUAUUUCAAUAUAAUUUGAUUGAAUUGUUUCAUUCGUCAUUUUUUUAAAAGAAUUUUAAAUCUUAUAUGUUUACUUUUAUUUUCGUUUUUUUUAAAUGUGUAAAUUUUGAGUCCGUUACAAAGUACGUAAACACCAACCCGAACAACCCCUCCCCGAACCAACGCCCGUAUAAAAAACCCAAUAGCUGGAGGAGAGACAACCAACGAGACGCUGAGCUUAAGAAUGAUGUAUAUAUACCACCCAGGGAGGAGGCAGAGGGCUCAGGGAACCCAGGAAAAAAGCCGAGGGUAGAGAUAAAGGUCAUCUUCGGCGGGGGAGAAACUGGAGACACGGCCGCUGAACGGAAAAGGUUCGAGCGGGGAUUGUACGUAGCCUCCGUGUCCACCCCACCCCAGAAGAAGGGAAGGAUGGAGCCCAUCACGUUCGGGAUGGCAGAUUUGCCCAACUCACCAAGUCCGCACGGGGACAGCCAACAGGCGGUCACUGUUGGCUGGUGGAAGUAGUGCUCUAAUCCAUGACUUUUACUCCAGAGCAGUUUUAAAUCCUGUCCAUUUGUCUUUUAUCAUAGGUUUAAAAUCAUGUUUUAGGCCUAUAAUAUAAAGGUGAAUAUGCC